AAAAGGUACUCCGACAUGAUGAGCGACUACAAGAAAGAGCUCAAGGAGUGUACUCGCCAAGGGAGAGAGAUGUCUAGACCCGUCUGGAUGACUCCCGAUUUCUGGACUGGACUCCAGGAAUACUGGCAGCGUCCCGAGGUUGAGGCUGUUUCUACACGAGCACGUGCCAACUGGAUGUCCGAGCCCGAUGGGGAGGGUACAUGGAUCAGUAGGCACGUGGGCGGGUCUCAGUCGACUCGUAUCCUGCAGCAGUAUAUGAGCUUGGAGCCUGAUUUUCCCCAGGAUGCACCGAACUAUGCCACCUUCCUCCGCCUCCACAUGUACGCCGAUGGAAGUUAUACGUCGGAGAGAGAUGCAAGAAUUGACGUAAGUGUUUAAGUUUAUUCAAAUAUUUAGUGAAUGUAUUUAUUUUCUAACAAUUAUGCAUUGUUAUGUAUGAAUUAGGCCGAGGUUCAUCGACUGGCCGCUGCCACAGGACGAGAGUCACGGCUAGAUGAGGUGUAUUUGGAUGUGGUGCAUCCGGAUAGGUCACGGAUCUACGGCGUCGGGAGUGCCGGGCAGAGUCAGGCUAGUAGGGGGUCUAUCCGCAGCACGGGCACUUCUGCGGUGUCUCAGCAGCUUUAUGAGAUACGGAUCUCCACGCUGGAGGAGCGAUGGGCGGCAGAGCAAGCAGAACGCCAAGCCAUGCAGGAGCGCAUGGCUCAAAUGGAGGCGUUUAUGAGGAUGUAUAGUGGUCAGCCAGCUCCAUCCCCUG